GUACAUUCAAAAAUCAUUUUCAAAAACUCAACCAUUAUAUUCUCAUGAUGGUUGAAAUCGACGAUGCUAUUGAUUAUCUUCGGGAUAAAAUAAGCUGUGAUUCCGGGGACUCCGAUUUCUCCCAAUACGUAAAAUUUGGCUUACAAUUAUCUUAUUUAAUGCCAUUUGGACUAUUGUAUUUAUCUUUUAUGAUUGCAAUUGUCAAAAGAAGAGGUCAUCAUGAAGUUUUUGAAGACUCGUUUUUCGCCCUUCAUCUGGUUGAUGGAGCAGUUACUCUUAUAUUUUUGCUUCUCGAUAUCUCUUUAAUUCGUCAAACCACUUAUGUACGACCUACGUGUGAAUACUUCCUAUCAAACUUCAAAGAUCCUUCUUACUACUUAACACCAUAUUUCACAUUAUACAUGUAUCUACAACUAUCGAAAAUGUUAUCAACAUUAACAAUGAGUAUCAACAGAUACACUUCUAUAAUGUACCCAUUGGCGCAUAAACCGAUGUGGAGCAAUAACUUUUCGAAAGUAAUAUUCGCCGUUCUAGCUGUUCCAUUAUUAUUUGUUUGGCCUGUUGGAAUAGCAAAAACCAAUUUUCAACCAUACAAAGGGCAAGGACUGAUAAUGUACGAACAUCGAUUUUCGUGGGCGCAUACUUCAUACGGACGGAUUUUAAUUGGAGGUUCAACACUGUUUUUCACUAUUUUUUCUAGUAUUGUGACUUCUUGCAAACUGUCAAAACUUGGAAGACAUAUGAGAAGAGUCGAGGUUUCACUGACUAUUGCUACAAUAUUUGUUUCAAUUGGUUUUGCACUGAUGUUAGUUGUACAAGUGAUGCAACUAUUUGUUCCACUGGAUUCCAUGGUACAAAAUCCAUGGAUGGGCACAUUUUUAUUGGGUGCUACACAAUUUGUUAAUGAUUUUUACAUGCUAAGUGGACCCGUGGUGUUGCUGAUUCUUGAUAAGAAAAUCAGAAAAUCAAUUCUACACUGCUCCCUUCGACAUUCAAACUCCAGUAAAAAAAUUAUCGAGAUUUCUGCAAAACCACACACCAUAACCGAGACCCAUAUGUUUUGAGAUUCAACGUACUCCGAGCGCCUUUCAUACUACAACCAACUCAUUAAAAUGUUUAUAUUUAUUUAUAAUAGAAAGGAAGUAUUUCAGCUCACAAACUGACUCACAUUUUUUUUCAAAUAAA